AUGGUCAAGCUCGAGGAGGUCAUGGAUGAGGAGUUUAUGCGCGAGCAGGAUGGACCUCAUGACGACGAUGAAUGGGAUACCGACUCCGAGUCGGACACAUCUUCCAUCCAUUCGCUCCACCCGGACGAAACGCUCUACGAGCGCGUGCUCGCCCUCCAAGACAUAAUCCCCGCAUCUACACGUCGGUCCAUUUCGUCAAAAGUAAACACCACCACAUCAUGGUUCAAGUCGGGGCUGCUGAUGGGCGGCAAGACGCUGUGGGUGGUGAGCACGAGUGCGCUGCUGUUGGGCGUGCCGUGGGCGCUGGCGUACAGCGAGGAGCAAAUGAUUGUUGAGCAGGAGAGGGCCGAGCUUAUGCAGCAGAGGGCACAGAAUGAGUUCAUGGCUCCUGGUACACCGACCCCGGGCAUGCCGCAAGGCGCGAAGCCCGCCUUGUAA